ACCCUGCGGCGCCGGGAGUCUGCGCGCCCGGGCCGCUCCGCUCCGCGCGGGGUGGGGUGGCUUCAGCUCCCCCCGAGGCCUCAGUCUCCGUCUCCUCGGGUCCCGGAGAGGCCUCCUGGUGUUCGAGUUGGAGGCUGGCCCUGGGCGUCGUUGACCUGGACUCUGGGAGAGGUUCCGGACCCGGGAAGGUCCCAGUUAAGGUCCCAGUUAGGCUCGGCCUCACAGACAGGUGGUACUAGGGCAUCGGAGUCCUCGGGCUUCUGCUUCUGGCCGUAAUUUCCUCAUCAGUUGACUGUUUCCUAAAGUUGUUGCCAGAAGCGAAGGCACGGGUAGCUCUCCGCAGACAGAAGGCACUCAGUGCUCGUGGCAGGUUGUCGUUGUCGCCGCUGAGUGUCAACACUUUCCCCUCUGCUUAUUUACUGGUUUGCUUCGUGUUCUGUAAAAAGAAGCGUCCCUCCUGGUCCAUGCUGUUUAUGGCUUUCGAAUCCGCACCCGGUAAGUGCCGAGUCUGUGGGCCACAGCUGUUCUCCGCACAGCUGUCCUUCACAGGGCUUUGAGGGGGGUGGUGGCGUCUCAGAUCCCGGUUUUACCGGAGAGAAAACAGACCUGGGGGAAGAAAAGCCCACAGAAGCUCUCACGGAGCAGUGGGCAGGGGUUGGCGCUUUCGCCACACUGUGCGCCCCGCGGCCCAAUAGGUAAUAACGAGGUGGGAGAAUGUGGGUCUUUAGGCGAGGUGAGGUCUGUCUGCCCGGGAGGACACAACCGCCCCGUUGUGGGCUCGGAAUGCUGCUCUGCACCUUUAAAUCCGGACUUCGCUGGAGAGUCCCGUCCCUGAGGGGGCGUGGCUGGCCAGUCAUUGGCUGAGCCGCGCAGUAUUUUGGAACGUGUGCGCUGCAGUCCGGCUCUCCGAUUGGAGGGAAGGCCUGCUCGUCUGCGUGCCUCCGGGGUCAGCGGCCGCCUGGGGCCUCGGCGUUCGGUUCCCGGGUCCUCCACCUUCCAUUCUCAGGCAGGUCUGGCCAUCAGGGCCCCGCGAACCCGCUGUGUCCUCCGGUGGGUGCGCUGACUCCGAGACGCAGGCAGAUCAUGGCAGAGUUCUCCCAGAAGAGGGGAAAGCAUCGUGGGGACGAGGCCCUGGGCAGCGCUGUGGACUUCCUCCUGGCCAAUGCCCGCCUGGUGCUAGGUGUGGGCGGGGCUGCUGUGCUGGGCAUUGCUACCCUGGCAGUGAAGCGGCUCAUUGACAGGGCCACUAGCCCUAGGGAUGAAGAUGAUGCUAAGGGGGACAGCUGGAAGGAACUAAACCUGCUCAAGGCCACACCACACCAACAGCCCCGGCCCCCACCUGCUUCCCUCAGCCAGCCUGUGUCGCUCCCAGCCCCCUUGCCCUCUGCCCCAGAAGGUCCCACAGAUACUGAGCUUCAGAAGCCACCUCAACUCGGCUCCCCAGUACCACUGUGUCUGACGUUCCAGGAGAAGUUGCUGGCAUUUGAGCAGGAACAUGUGGUUAUCCCAGCAGCUCAUGUGGCUUUGGCCAAACAGCUGGCCGGUGACAUUGCCCUGGAGCUACAGGCCUACCUGCGGAACAAGUUCCCGGAACUGCCCUUUGGGCCACUUGUGCCUGGUGGUCCACUCUAUGAUGGGCUGCAGGCAGGGGCUGCUGAGCAUGUGCGCCUGCUGACCCCACUGCUGCUGGAGCCAGGCCUGUGGAUUCUGGUACCUGGCAUGGACACUGUGGCCAGGGACCCUCGCUGCUGGGCAGUGCGCAGGACUCAGCUUGAGUUUCACCCCCGGGGGAGCAGCCCCUGGGACCGCUUCCUGGUAGGUGGCUACCUCUCCUCUCGUGUCCUGCUGGAGUUGCUCCGCAAGGCCCUGGUUGCCUCCGUCAACUGGCCAGCCAUUGGUAGCCUGCUCGGAUGCCUGAUCCGGCCCAGCGUGGCCUCGGAGGAGCUGCUGCUGGAGGUGCAGCAUGAGCGCCUGGAGCUCACUGUGGCUGUGCUUGUGGCAGUCACGGGGACCCAUUCUGACAACCACCUCCUCCUGGCCUGGCCCCUGGAGGGCCUGGCUGGGAAUCUUUGGCUUCAGGACCUGUAUCCAGCAGAGGCUGCCAGGUUGCAGGCCCUGGAUGAUCAGGAUACUGGCACUCGCCGGAGGCUGCUGCUGCUACUGUGUGGUGUGUGCCGUGGCCAUCCAGCCCUGGGGCAACUGGGCCGGAGCCACCUGACCCAGGUGGUUCUUCGUCUGGGGGAAGAGGAAGUGGACUGGGCCGAGGAGGCCCUGGGGGAGCACUUUCUGCAGGCCCUGGAGUUGCUCAUCAGCAGCCUGGAGCAGGCCAGCCUGCCCUGCCACUUCAACCCCAGUGUGAACCUCUUAGGUAGUUUGCGGGAGGAGGAGAUUGAUAGCAUUGGUUAUGCACUCUACAGUGGUCUACAGGCACCUGAGGGGCUGCUUUAGAUGGGGGAGGACCGGGCAGCCAGCAUGUUUUCUGAUAUUGGUGAUCAGUAUCCAUCUCACUCCCAGGAAAUUGCAGUGUUUUUUUGUUUGUUUUUAGCCAGAACACAGGAGAGUAUACUACCUAGGCCCACAGGAUGGACAUAUUCCUGGGCUAUGGUCCCUGGGGUCACUGAGCCCAGAGAGCUUAGGUAACUGUCACCUGAGUGUGACUGGGCUGCAACCACUCACUCAGAUGUCCCUCAGACCUUUGGGGUGACCUAGGACCUUGGGGUCAGACCCUAUCACCAGCAGCGAAUCCACUGAGAAUGUGUCUUCUCCAUCCCAACCAGUUCCAUUUUUCUGCCAAGACAGAAAUUUAGUACGUUUUUUAGGCGCCUGUGCCAGGCAUCCUGGAGGCAUCUAAGUAUCAUGUGUUUGUUUCCUCCCUGGGUGCUGGAGUUACCUGGUAUCCUGGAGGCCAGCAUUUUGUUUUUAUUUUUUGGUACCAGGAAUUGAAUCCAGAGGCGCUGAGCCACAUCCCCAGCCCUUUUUAUUUUUUGACACAGGGUCUUGCUAAGUUGCUUAAGGCCUGAUAAGUUGCUGAGGCUGGCUUUGAACUUGGGGUUCUCCUGCCUCAGCCUUCCCAGCUGUGGGAUGACAGGCGUUCACUACUGAACCUGGUUAGAGGCCAGCCUUUGGCUCUUGAAGGUUGGUGUUUUCCUGCUGUCUUCUGUGUUUUUUUUUGUUGUUGAAUUCUCCAGCUCUAGAGUGAGAUGCUGCCCAUUUGAUACCCUCCAGCUAGGUGAGUUUUCUCCUAAGGCAGCAGAGGCCCAAGGCCAAGGCUGUGCCUCAAUAGCUGCUCCUGGGCGCCACUGGAAAGCAGAGGACACGCCUUUCCCAGAGGCCUGUGUGCUGACUUGGCCUCUUCAGUGUGCCAAAAUGAACUCUCAGCAGAUUCUGACCUUGUAGCCUGGCCAAGGUAGUAGGGGCUGGAAGAGGGAAACUGCCUCCCCUCCCAGGGGCCCCUCCUGUCUUUGGUGUCCUUUGGGCUGAAGCAAAGCUCUGCCUUGAAGAAUGUGAGCAAGAAUAAAAAGAAAAAAUUCUCA